UCGAAUUCAAUUCAACUUCAAAAGCUGAGCGGAAAAGUUCGCCCCGCAAAAAGUGAUCUUCAUAUGAGUAAAACAAAUAACUAAAGUCGCGUUAUCAAAACAGCACCUAAAAUCGUGUUAUUUUAAUUGAUAACGUAGCCUACAUUAAAGUCAGUUUUAUAUUACCCUAUGCUAAUUUGACUCGAAUUUCAUUAACAUUUCAAAACUUGCCUCAGUUUUGGGUUAAUUUGCGUUUCAGUUUCGGUUACCCGGUGAUUGUGAAAUAAAUAGUUAAGAUUACAGACACAAAAGUUCAACGCCUUUCGCUCGAUUAUAAAUAAGCCCAGCCAAGCAAAAACAAUAAAUUAAUUUGUUUAUUUGGCACAUUAAUUGCUUCAAAACGAGUCGCGUGUGAACGAGUUAAAUAAAAUUGCUCCCUGACUGGCACAUUGAAAAUCUAAAGACAUACAUAUAGCGCAAGAUUCCACAGAUCGGCGACAAAAUGAACCACCGUGAAUUGAGCUGCAGUGCGGGCGGCCAGUUUAUGGAUCGCGGACGGAUGAACCAGAAUGGAGUUGUCCAGCCUUUGCUAACUGAUUUGUAUCAAAUUACGAUGGCCUAUGCAUAUUGGAAGUCCGAUAAGACCGACGAUACGGCUGUGUUCGAUCUGUUCUUUCGCAACAAUCCAUUCCACGGUGAAUUCACAAUUUUCGCCGGUCUAGAGGAGUGCCUCAAAUUCCUGGAUAGCUUUCACUAUUCCCAGAGCGAUAUCGAAUACCUUAAGCAAACAUUGCCCGAGGGCAUUGAGCACGAGUUUUUUGAGUACCUCGGUAAUCUGACGGCGCGGGAUGUCACCUUGUAUGCCAUUGAUGAGGGCACGGUAGCAUUUCCACGAGUUCCCAUUAUUAAGAUCGAGGGACCUUUGAUCAUAGUGCAGCUGUUGGAAACGACUCUUCUCACCCUGGUGAAUUAUGCCAGUUUAAUGGCCACCAAUGCAGCCCGCUAUCGCAUGGUAGCUGGCAAACAUGUCAAACUAUUGGAAUUUGGACUGCGUCGUGCCCAGGGACCAGAUGGCGGUCUAUCCGCAUCGAAAUAUUCCUACACAGGCGGUUUUGAUGGCACCUCCAAUGUGUUGGCUGGAAAGCUUUUCAAUAUCCCCGUGAAGGGAACCCAUGCACAUGCCUAUAUCACUAGUUUCAGCAGCAUUGGAGAACUUAAGACACGUCUGCUAAAGCACAAGCAAACCGGCAUCAUGGAGGAUCUACUGGAGCAUGCGGUUAGACAUCGGGCAAUGUUGUCCCAUCUGUUGGACGUGUCCACCGAGGAGUCCAGUGAGGGUGAACUGGCCGCAAUGGUGUCCUAUGCCAUCGCAUUCCCUGACGGAUUCAUGGCCCUUGUCGAUACGUACGAUGUUAAGAGCCGAGAAACAGAACAGGCCAACACAGAACCCAAGCUUAUCAAUGAACUAAAAACUGAGAGCAGUCCGCCAAAGCAAAAGCCAUCGACCAAUGGCCAUAAAAAUGGUCAAAGUAAUGGUCAUAUAAAUGGGCAUAAGACCAAUGGCCAUCAGAAUGGCAUUGCUCAGAAUGGUGGCAGUAGAUCGCCGAAAGAUACUAAGAUACAAGAUACUAAAACCAGCACAACAACAACAACUACGACAACAACAGCUGCAACAACAACAGCAACAACCGCUUUAAAGACAACAACAGCAACAACAGUGUCCAAUGGGACGGCAUACCUACCAAAAUAUGUCGAGAAGUCAUUCAGGAGUGGUCUGCUGAAUUUCAGUGCCGUGGCUUUGGCCCUAAACGACUUGGGCUAUCAUGCUCUAGGCAUAAGGAUCGAUUCCGGGGAUCUGGCCUAUUUAUCGUGCUUGGCGCGGGAAACCUUCGAGAAGGUGGCUGAGCGAUUCAAGGUUCCGUGGUUCAACAAGCUGACCAUUGUGGCAUCUAAUGACAUCAACGAGGACACAAUUCUGAGCCUUAACGAACAGGGACAUAAGAUCGAUUGCUUUGGCAUUGGCACGCAUUUGGUAACCUGCCAGCGUCAGCCAGCCCUGGGAUGUGUGUACAAAUUGGUGGAGAUCAACGGCCAGCCGCGAAUUAAACUGAGCCAGGACGUGGAGAAGGUGACGAUGCCGGGCAACAAGAAUGCCUACCGGCUAUAUAGUGCCGAUGGCCAUGCAUUGAUCGAUCUGCUGCAGAAGGUAUCGGAGCCACCGCCGGCAGUGGGCCAGAAGGUCCUGUGCCGCCAUCCUUUCCAGGAGUCGAAACGCGCCUACGUGAUACCCUCGCACGUGGAAUCGCUGUACAAGGUGUACUGGAAGUCGGGCAAGAUCUGCCAGCAGUUGCCCACCUUGGAGCAGGUGCGCGAGAAGGUACAAAUCUCACUGAAGACGCUGCGGAAUGAUCACAAGCGUACGCUCAACCCAACGCCCUAUAAGGUGGCCGUCAGCGAUAAUCUGUACAACUUUAUUCACGAUCUGUGGCUGCAGAAUGCUCCCAUCGGCGAGCUCUCAUGAUCUAUAUAAGUAGGAUCUAACGAUCUAUUUUCAAGAUGCGCGAAAACAUUUCCGAGAAAUUUACUUUUAUUUGGUGUACAAUUUAUUGUUGGCCACGAUCUACUUGUGGCUUGUGGUUUGAAUUUUAGUCAUUUGCUGGUCAUAUGCAUUGUAGAAUUGGAAUUUGUUCGAACCCACGAAGAUUUCCCCCGAAUAUGGAGCACAAAUUCCAACGCGAACUUGCGAGUGAAUUUCAAAACAUUGUGUAGUCAAUAGUUUUAACGUGUUAUAUAUACAUAUAUCUAAUAAUAGCUGCUAUAUAAAACGCACAUCAUAUUCAGGAAUGUGUCAUGUGCCUUAAACGAGAAGCGGAAACGGAAAACGAAAAGAGAAUCAGGAUGCAGAGCCCCAAAAAAAAAAAAAGUAACUUAGAUCAACCAAAAAUCGGAGCGAAAAAACCAAACAGAUAAAGAUGUCUUUAAUAUUUUUCUAGUACUUAAGUGUUGAAAUGUUUCUAACGGAGGAUAAAAGUAAGAAGUACAAAUGCUUUUUAGGACAUUUGCACGCAAUAGGGCACACAUCAAUCACACACUUAACUAUAUAUAUACUUUACAUACUACGUUUAUGUAUUUAACUAAAUUCAAUUGUAAAUAUGUUUAAGUGGAUAAUUGUAAGCCAACUAAGCAAUACAAACACACAACCAACACAACAAACACACACCGCCACCACUGAAAUACCGCUUCUUAACAAUGUUUGCCUGUAGUUUUGAUCGAAAAUAAAAAGUGAAAGAAAACAGGAAA